AUGCAAAAAAGGGAUGCUUGGUACAUCGCGGACUCGGACUCGGAGGACAUAGCGGCAAGCAUCAAGGAGGAUGGAAAGAAAGCAGGGUUCGAGGAAGACAACGAUCCACGCUGCCCGCACAUCCCUUUCACGGCAGCUGAAGAGAGACAGUACUGCAUUGAAUGGCGCUCCACUCUAGUAGUCAAAGCCCUGGGCCGUUCAGUGUCCUACACGGGUAUCUCGAAAAGACUCAAUGACAUGUGGGCUAGGGCGGGGGGCAUUCAAGUAUCAUCGGUGAAGAAUGGUUAUUACAUGGUCAGAUUUACGAGCAGGAUACACUACGAACGAGCUCUAACGGGUGGUCCAUGGAUGAUGGGGGAUAACUACCUAACGGUUCACAUGUGGGAUAAACAUUUCCGACCCUACAAUCAUGAGAUUUCGUCCACUUUGGUUUGGGCGAGGCUACUACACAUCCCGAUACACUUCUUCCACAGGGAUGCAGUGAUGAAAAUUGGCAGCCGAAUAGGCAAACUGCUACGGAUGGAUCAAGCAACUACUACAGGAGCUCGACUGGACUAUGCUAGGGUAUGUGUUCAGGUGGAUUUGACCAAACCAUUGUUAUCACGGUUCAAAUUCCAUGGGGGUCACAUACUGCAUCCAGUAUGA